AUGUCACGUCGUCAAAGAUGUUUUCGCUCUUGGGAUCUAUACGAAUUUCCUCUAUUGCAUAAUACGAGUAAGCAUUCGUGGACUGUGAAAGCCGCCUCUCAAUUGGAGAAGCCGCGAUACGUGAUCUAUGCGCUGCAGACUGGCAGAAAAAAUGCUGUGUCAAAAGAUAUUACUACAUUCGACGACUGCAAAUUGACCAACGUUAAACUCUAUCUAAACUCGGAAUUUUAUCCCUACGAUGAUUUGAAUUUAGAUUUCGAUAAAAAUAGAUUCGCCCUCUUGAUCGAUAUGUACUCUCGUUUUCGCAAAUCUUAUUACGGAUGUGAUAAUAAUGAUGUGCUAUUAAACAUUUCAAAAUUUCUACAUUGCGGUCCUCUCGCGGUUAUCGACUGCUCGCGACAAAACGAGUCUGUCAAAAAUUCCACCGUGGACGUGAGAUUAGAGUUUGAGUGCAAGGAGGAUAUACCAGCAAAUACCACCGCCUAUUGUCUCAUCUUGCACGAUCGCGUUGUCGAAUAUUGCCCAUUGACCAACGUAGUUCGUAAAAUUACCUAA